GGCUGAUAUUUAUAGAUCGUAAGGGUGUUGUUAGAAUUCAAUAAUAAAUGCAUUAAAAUGGAGGAAACGAAGGUUAUUUAUUACAUAGACGAUGAGGAGACGCCUUAUUUAGUUAAAAUCCCAAUAUCGCCGGAGAAAGUUACGUUGUUGGACUUUAAAAACCAGUUGAACAGGCCGAAUUAUAAAUUUUUCUUCAAAUCUAUGGACGAUGACUUUGGUGUUGUGAAAGAAGAAAUAGUGGAUGACAACGCUCAUCUGCCGUGUUUUAACGGUCGUGUAGUGUCGUGGUUAGUGUCCGCGGAAGGUUCGAAUCCGUCAGAUGGUGCAUCGCAGUGCACUGACAGCAAUGCUGGUAAAACGAAACCCAACCCUCAGGGAGCGCCGACGGCUCCCAUAACUCGCGAUACUUGUACUGACACGGACAGUACGAUAAGCUCCAGGCCUGGGCACAGAGCGUCAUGCGACAAAUACAAGUACAGAGGCCUCAGGAUCAACGGCCACUCGAAGUACAACCACGGGCUGGAGUACGAGACAGCUUCCGUGUUAAGUUCUGACUUGGAUUCCACCAGCCUAUUCGACAGCCAGUCGGAGAUCACCACAACGACUGGCAGGCACACCAACGCGUCCGUCGACAGAGCGCUAACAGAAUGUUCGAGCGUUUCACACUUGCAAGUGAGUUCCAGGAAGCGGCCUCAGCGACGGCGCAAAAGACCACAAGCUAUGUCAAGAACAUCUUCAUACUCAUCUAUAACAGACUCCACGAUGUCAAUGCAUAUUAUAACAGUGACUCUGAACAUGGAUACAGUCAACUUUCUGGGUAUAUCGAUCGUUGGUCAAUCGAACAAGGGUGGUGAUGGUGGAAUCUACGUCGGCAGCAUAAUGAAGGGAGGCGCAGUUGCUUUGGAUGGUCGGAUUGAACCUGGAGAUAUGAUACUGCAGGUGAACGACGUGAACUUCGAGGACAUGACGAACGACGAGGCGGUGCGUGUGCUGCGCGAAGUGGUACAGAAACCGGGGCCGAUCAAACUGGUGGUCGCCAAGUGCUGGGAUCCGAAUCCGAAGGGAUACUUCACUAUACCGAGGACGGAGCCCGUGAGGCCUAUAGAUCCAGGUGCAUGGGUAGCGCACACGCAAGCGCUCCGCGAAGCAUAUCCCCCACCCCCGCUAUCCACGCUGCCCGCCCCCACCAUACCGGAGCGGGCGUCCGACGCGGGCUCCAUACCGGCACACGAGCCGCAGCUGUCGGUCGGCAUGGACAUGGCGCUCGUGGUGCGCGCCAUGCUGCGGCCGGACUCGGGCUUAGAAAUCCGCGAUCGCAUGUGGCUCAAAAUAACCAUACCGAACGCGUUUAUCGGCGCGGACGUUGUUGAUUGGAUACUACAGCAUGUGGCCGGUAUAGCUGACCGGCGGGACGCUAGGAAGUACGCUUCGCAUAUGCUCAAAGCCGGCUUCAUACGGCACACGGUGAACAAGAUAACGUUCUCCGAGCAGUGCUACUACGUGGCCGGAGAGCUGUGUGCAGAUAUGGCGGCUCUUAGACUACGGGCGCCCGACUGCGACAGCCUCGCGAGUGAUACCCUAGCGCCUCUGCCGAACCCCAACAUGAUGGGCCCCGGUUACAUGGCGUACGCUGGCUCGUACGGCUACCAGCCGAUACCGUUCAAGUACAGCUCGUGCGUGACCAGCGAGCACACUAUAUAUGGGUAUAAUCGCGAGGAGAGCGUUCUCUCCGGCAGCGGGGGCUCUAGCGCAGGCUCUGACCAUCUCACCGCGAAGGAACCCGCAGCGAACCGCGAGGGCGAAGUGAAGUCCACAUCAAGCGGAUCAGGCACGAGCGUUGUAGAGGGUGGUGGUGGAGGCGGUGGGGGGGGCACGCGCCGGUCGCACUCGAGCGGCUCCGAGCGCGCGCACGAGCGGCCCGUGCUGUUCCUAUAGCGGACGCAGUUAUAAAAUGUCCGUUACUGCCAAAUAAGAUAGUUUUAUCCGUAUUAAUGUAGAUUAAGCGAAAUAAUUCAUUAUUAUAUUAAUAAUAUAAUUAUUAUUCGGCCGGUUAUACACCGGCGACAUUAUGCCAUUAUUUUGUAUAGUUUUUUUAUUUUACUUUUAAUGUUUUUU